AUGCUUCGUUCGCUCUUCAACGAGCAACUGAACAACAGUUCAGCUCAGUUGUUAGGUGUGGAUGCCGUCACCUCCAGCUCCAUCGCACUGACCGCUGCUCAUAGUAACAGGCUCUGGGCAACCUAUUACGGAGAGAUCAUUCUAGGAAACGUCGAAGAUGAGAGCGACACUUUCAAGGUUCUAUUCGACACAGGCUCUUCGGAACUAUGGGUUCCGGAUGAGCUUUGCGAGUCUAACGCCUGCCUAACUAGGAAGAGGCUUUCCCGUGCUGAAAGGUGGACGGCCAAGUACGACACUCAUGGCAACUAUGUACCCAUCCUGGUCAAGUACCUCACCGGUGAAAUGAGGGCUAUCGACGGCACUGCCGAUGUUAACCUGAUGAACGGCAUCAAAGUCAAAGAUGCCAGUGUCGGGUUGGCAACAAAGCUUGACAUUCCCAUACUCAUGGAGCUGCCGUGGGAUGGGAUAGUCGGCUUGGGCUUCACCACCGAUGAUCAAACUGCACGCGGGGCCCGGCCGAUACUGGAGGCAAUGCAGCAGAACGCGGUCAUGUAUCCGCAUUUCAGGAACCAAUUUGCCUACUACAUCUCGAAAACAGGUGGAAAUGUGACAUUUGGUGGAUACAACAACGACUAUAAGAAAUCACCGGCCGACGAGUUUCAGUGGGCGCCCGUCAGCGACAAGGGCAGCUACUGGGCUGUGAACCUCUUGCAGUUGACCGUUAAAGAACCAAAACCAGACCAAUUUCAUCGAUCUAACUCGGGGGUGGACAGUGUUGAGCAACUUGGUACGGACGCUGAAGAUUCAUCAAUAAGUGACCUCCCAGCCGUCGAUGCCAUUAACGCAAAUAGUGGAUCCGGAGAUGCAACUGCCAAUCGGAGUAACAAACAGGGCGCAAAGCCCAAAUAUCGCAAAACAACAAUCGCAAACGAGAAAACAGUCGCCAUUAAUCCGCCAGAAAAUCUGACGGAUAACUCAAGGAUGGACUCCGGCACCAUGCCAACGCAGGCAAACCGAUCGGCCGACUCAAGCUCCUCAUUACAAUAUCGCAACAAGAUGCAUGACACAAAAGUCAUAAUAGAUACAGGCACCUAUCUCAUAUACGCGCCUCAGAAUAUGCAAAAUCUGAUAUCAAGUCUCUUCGUCGACAGUUGUGAGGCCAAGAGGAAUCUGCCGACUCUUAUUUUCACAGUAGAGGGUGCAGGCUUCGGUGGUAGUGGCGAGAUCCAGCUGGAGCUCACUCCAGACGACUACGUGCUGCAGUUCACCGACGACGACGGCGAACUCAGAUGCACGCUAGGCAUUAUGGUGGACGACCAACAAGAGGUCAACACCGGCGACGACCUUGGGGGGUUGCGGGACGUUCCGCUCCGCCACGCCGGGCACAACACAUACAAUACUAAUACAAAAAGAAAACGACAACCGGCACAGCUGCCGCCUGAGACAUCUCCGUUCCGCGUCACGGGAGGUCCAGACGCCGGAAACGGGUGGAAUGCGCCGCUACUGCCCACACAUCUCAACGGGCGUACGGUAAUCGAUACGAUAUCACCACGGAUACAUACACCAGCGAACAUGAAAAAGAACGCCGCCAUAUCCAAUGUGCGCAAACAAAACGACUUCACAAAGCUCUCUGUACGAAGAUGGGGUUUGGAAGGUCCAUGUCACCCUGCCUGA